AUGAUAGAACUGAGAAAACUUGGUUUUAGUUCAAUAACAGUCAUUUGUAUUGGGUACAUAAUACUCUGUUUUCUGAAUAAAUCAACCGAUUCAUAUACUUAUCAUAUUUAUUCAUCCAUUGAGCUGAAUGACCAACUUAUUACAAAUAAAAAUUAUGGAAAGUUAGAAAAGAUUGAUUUAAUGAAUUACAGUGGUCCUGAAAGUUUAAUUUAUCAUGAUGGUUCAUUGUACGCCACAGUGAUUCAAGGGAAAAUAUUAAAAAUAAAUGAUUCUGGGAUUUAUGUUCAUGCAACACUUGGUUCACCAAACUGCGUUGGUGUACAUGAAUGUGGUAGACCAUUAGGUUUAAAAUUGUUCAACAAUUCGGAGAAUUUCUUGGUCACGGAUGCCUAUUUAGGUGUAUUCUCUGUCUCGGUGAAAGAUGGUAGUGUGAAGAAAUUGUUCCCAUUAGAUGAAGAUUUCAAAGUUACAUUUUUUGAUGAUUCAGUAAUGUUACCGAACGGUAGUCUUGUUAUUACUGAAGCUAGUGCAAAAAAUACUUUACAACAUUUAUGGACAACAAUUUUAGAAGGACUGCCUAGUGGGAGGCUAACAAUGGCUGAUACAAAAACUGGUCAAUACAGUCAUAUAAUGGAUGGUUUACGCUUUCCCAACGGAAUCGAAAUUUCUAGUGACGGAAAAUCCAUAUUACUCGUUGAAACAAUGAAACUUCAGAUUUUACGAAUUCCAUUAGAUGGAGGUGAAGUGACCGUGUUCAGUGAUGGGCUACCUGGUUUUCCGGAUAAUAUCAAAGCCAGUCCACGUGGUGGAUAUUGGGUCCCUGUAUCACCUCUUCGUGACGAGCCUCUAUCUGAACUUCUACUCAAUUAUCUACCAGCUUAUCCUUGUAUUCGUCAGUUGGCUUCCAGUGUACGGUUAAUAAUAUUCCUGCAUUUUUUAUAAUCAAUAUUUUCCAUCUUAUUGUCACUCCAUUUUUGAAUUUUUUCGGCAGUCGAUUAGUAAACCUAGAACAGUGUAUGUAGACAUUUUCAAAUUCAACCAACAAAUGACAUGGCAGUGCAAUCACAUAAUGGCAUUGAGAAAGAAUGUCUCACUACCGACAUGGUUGACCUCCACCAGUCUUGAAUUCUCAAUGAAACCUACUGAACUCAUUUCAGAGAAAAUGAAUAGGGAUCAAACGAUUCUAUAUCGGUGCCUUAGCAGGGGCAAACGCUGAGGGUUUCCACACUGCAACGGAACAACUGAGAAAUGUUCCCUGGUUUUCACUGGUACCUUAACUAAUGUGAAUCUGUAGCUGAAGCUAAUUACGAAUUAAAAUAAACUUCACAAUACCUUCAAAAUGAAUUAUGAUAGAGGUAGAUCAGAGAAUCUAGUGACACAUAUUAAACUUCUAUGCAAUCUCCCACCAAACUAAAUUAUCUCCAUGCUUCCAUUCACACUAAUACCGAAAGGAAAAUCAUCAAUGUUAAUUCGUUUAGAUGAAAAUGGACAGAUAAUUGAAAUUUGGAAAGAUUUUCAAAAUGAAUUACCAAAUGCUUGUGAAGUACUAGAACAUGAUGAUACUUUAUACACUGGAAGCUUUUAUCUACCUUACAUUGGUCGUUUAAGAAGAUUGUCAAAUUAAUUUCUAUAAAAUUUGAAAAUCUUUAGUUCCAGAAGAUGAAUACUGUGUAAUUUGAUGUUGUUGUUGUUGUUGUCGUCGU